AUGUACAUGUACUCCAAAUACAGCAGCCUAUCUGUGGAGCAGUUCGACACCAUGAGGGAUUAUCGCUCACUGGCUGUUAGCCGAGACCACCGAUACUACCAAGCGCUGGGCUGCUCGUCAGUGUGGGGUGGGGUGGGACAGUCAAGAUGUCAUUUUUUAUUCGACUGGAUCUACAGGGGCUUUAGUAGUAUUUUACAGUUCUUAGGUUUGUACAAAAAGACGGGUAAGCUGGUUUUCCUCGGCCUGGACAAUGCUGGUAAAACAGCACUACUGCACAUGUGGAAAGAUGAGCGACUUGGUCAACAUGUACCCACAAUGCAGCCAACUUCUGAGGAGCUGACAAUCGAUGGCAUGACCUUUACUGCACUUGAUCUGGGAGGACAUAGUCAAGCUCGAAGAGAUUGGAAGAACCACCUGCCGGCUGUGAAUGGAAUCGUCUUUCUUGUAGACUGUGCAGAUCAGUUCAGAAUCACAGAGUGCAAGACAGAACUUGAUGCUCUCCUAGCAGAUGAGACCAUAGUCAAUGUACCAGUGUUGGUGCUGGGUAAUAAAAUUGACCGCCCUGAGGCCAUCAGUGAAGGAGUACUGAGAGACGCUUUAGCUCUUUAUGGUCGUGUUACUGGAAAGGUAAAUGUCUCUUUAAAGGAACCGAAAGUCCGACCGCUGGAGAUAUUCAUGUGCAGCAUGUUGAUGAAACAAGGAUAUAGGGAAGGUUUCAGGUGGUUAUCACAGUACAUCAACUGACAUAUGGGCCUGAAGCUUAACCAGAAGGGAUUUUAUUGACAUGUUUUCAUGAGGCAUGACAAAGUGUCAGUCAGCCCAAAUUUAAAAUCUUAUGAUUCACAACACAUGAAGAGCAAAUUCUUUUUAACUAUUAAAGCAUUUAUUCAGGAUAUAAAAGUUUCUAUGCAAUCUCUUAAAAGUGGUUCAUGGUGAACUGUCUUCUCACAUUAAUGUUAUUAAUGUGAGAAUUAACUCAGGUGAUUGUAGUGAGCGGAUUAACUCAUUUGACAUUUUAAAGUUUAAACUGAAAACAGACAACAGGCAAAUAACUGAGUACAGAAGAUUAAUUUUAGUUCAUUUAAUCUGAUGAGAUGCAGUCACUGACUUGAAAGUAUAUAGCCAAAGAUUGUAUGCUAAUGACUUAGGGAUUAGCAAAGAGAUAGACUGGAUGUCAACAGAAGAAACUGAGUUGAAUUGAAGUAAUUGAAGCUGUAAAUGUGCCGCUCAUAUUCAUUGUCUCGAUGGAAUUGACUUGUUUACAGCUACACCAACCUUUAUGUGUUGAUCAAAGUGAUGUUACAUGUUGAGUUGAAGGCAGCAAAUUCAAAGUUUGUUACUUAGCCUAAAAGAAGUUUUCAUUAUCACUGACUUAGUCAUACAUAACUCAAAGAUGAUGUCCAUACACAACUGAAUUUCAGUGGCUGCUCAUGCUUUGUAAUAUGAUGAAGGCAGUAAUAAUGCAUUGCCCUUAAAAUGUCAGGAUGCAGUAAAGUAGAAUGACCAACUGUACUGCAGCAGAGACUAUUUUAGUACACUCUGAAAGUUGUACUGUAGGUCUGUUUGUUUAAACCUGAUCAUCUUUUCAACAAUGUUAAGUAUUAAUUAGCACUGCAUAAAAUACAAUGUAGUUUUAUCUCUGCUUGUGAGUUGUUGCAGUCUUACUUGAAUCAAGGAGAGAUAGUCGCUGAGCUUCUGUAAAUUACAGUAUGUAUAAUAUAGAUGUAAAUGUUUGUAGGGUAAAGGCCCUGACACCAUAUAGUCGACAUACUGGAAUUAUUUAUAAAUGACAGUUUAUUGAGUUUAUAUUUUCAGCAAUUACAGUAUCUGUGCUGCUAUGAUUUCAUGCUGUAAAAACAAUUUGAGCCUCUGAUGGUGAAUAUUGACUGCAGGUGCUCUAUAUUAUGUGUAUUCUUUGUCACCUAUCUAUCAGCCAGGAGGUUGUAAUCUUUGAACGCUUCUUAUACCAGAUCUAUCAUUAGAAGUUCAAGUAACCUAAAUGAUGAAAUCAAGGCACAUCACUGAGCUUUUCUUUUUAUUCUCUGACAUACAGAAAGGCUUUGAUGCUUAUCUCAUAACUUAAUUAUUGUGAACUGCCUUAAUGUGAUAUCGAUUGAGCGCAGUCAUUUGAGAAGAUGCUGCCUGGUUACUAACAUAACACACUCCAAGAGAAGUGACACCACAUUACAUUAAUUUCUGCUGCCCGUCAUCAGCUACCUGUCUCUUUUACUAAUUAGUUGUAAUAUUUUACCUGUGGUUUUUAAAAAUUUGCAUGGUCAGCCCUCUCCUUAUAUCUGUGGUUUGUUAACUCUCUGAGACAUAACCAGAUCC